GAGGGGAACUGUGUGAUGAUCUGGGGGAAGAGCAUCCAGACAGAGAAAACAGCCAGUGCAAAGAUCCUGGGGCAGAGUGGGUGUGAUGGAGGUCCCCAGCUUUGCCACUUCACCUCCUUCUCUUUCUCCACCUCUGGUCCCCAGGAUUACAGGAAGUUCUGGGCGGGCCUGCGAGGUCUCACCCUCUAUUUCUACAAAAGCAAUCGGGACUCCCAGCACGUGGAGAAGCUAGACCUGGGAACAUUCGUGAAGUUCAUGGAUGAGGCCCCCUGGGGGAGCGCCCAAGAUCCUGGCAUCCACUUCAGCCUGGUCCUCCGGAACCAGGAGGUCAAGUUCAAGGUGGAGAGCCUGGAGUCUCGCGAGAUGUGGAAAGGCUUCAUCCUCACGGUGUUGGAGCUCCGUGUCCCGUCCAACCUGACCCUGCUGCCCGGACACCUGUACAUGAUGGCCGAGGCCCUGGCCAAAGAGGAGGCGCGCCGCGCGCUCGAGGCGCCCUCGUGCUUCAUGAAGGUGAGCCGGGUGGAGGCGCAGCUGCUCCUGGAGCGCUACCCCGAGUGCGGGAACCUGCUGCUGCGGCCCAGCGGGGACGGCGCGGCCGGAGUGUCGGUCACCACGCGCCAGAUGCUCAACGGGACGCCGGUGAUCCGGCACUACAAGGUGAAGCACGAGGGCCCCAAGUACGUGAUCGACGUGGAGGAGCCGUUCUCUUGCGCCUCGCUGGACUCAGUGGUUGACUAUUUCGUGUCGAACACCAAGAAGGCGCUGGUGCCCUUCCUGCUGGAUGACGACUACGAGAAGGUGCUAGGCUACGUGGAGGCAGAUAAAGAGAACGGCGAGAGUGUGUGGGUGGCGCCCUCGGCCCCCGCGGCCCCCAGCCCAGAUCCUGCACCCCCGAAGCAGCCACCUCCUGCGCCCGUCAAGCCUGUGUCCGGCCAGGACAAGCGGCCCCCGCUGCCCGACCAGGAUGAGAACUACGUGAUCCCCAUUGCAGAUGCCCCCGCUGCCAACUACGUGAACGAGGAUGUGCUUCCCCCUGGUCGACCCGUCAUCCUGAAGCCCAAGAGGUUGGCAAAGGUUCAGGCAAAGCCCCCAAAGCCACCUGUCAUGCCCAAGCCAGGUAGGGGUACCUCCUCCCAGCCCCUCCCUCAUCCAACGGAGGGCCAGCCUCAGCUGUCACCGCCUUCUCCUUCAGAGCCCAGAGGCCUGAACGGCGGCCCGGCCAGGAAGCCGGCAGGCAGCUCAGCGCAGGCUCUCUUCCCCACGACCGGGUUGGGAGAUGUGACGGCAGAGCUGGAAGAGAAGCUGCAGAGGAGGCGGGCGCUGGAGCACUCGGCAGGACGUGCUGGGGACCAGCGGGCCCACCUCGGAGCCAAGCCGUCCUCCCAGAAAUAAAAGCUCGCGUGACCCCUGGG